CUCUGCCUCUCUCUCUCUCUCUGGCUCUGUCUCGUCGCUCUUUUCUCUUCCUUCACCACCCGCAUCUUCCACUUUCUUUUCUCUUCCCACACUCUUACUCCAAAAGUCACUCCCACACUUCCCUCUCUACCACACCUGGCCCCCUUCUUCCUCUUCCUUUUCUUUUCCCCCCCCCAACACCACCACCUUUCGCCCCCCGGCAUCCGCAGUUUUAUACGACCAACAGCUGGAAUACGCUUGCUUGGUUCGUCUUCGCGUCUUUUUAAUUAGAUAGUUGCUCUGCGCUCGCCGCUGCAGCCCUAUCUGCUCACUUCAAACCCUCCGUGGACCGAUCUGCUGCUCCUACGCUUCACUCCCCUCCAACAUUCACCACUGUUUGCCUGCCUCGCUUAAUACCUUCUCUUCACUUCGCUCUUUAGCCUGCUCCUUCUGCCUAUUUCUCUAUUAAUACUCUCUCCUUUCUUCUCCCGGCACACCCUCUUUUUUUGGUUCUCUUCUUGGCCUUGCCCUUCGGUCGGAAUCUUUUGCGCGCGCGCGCACGACUGCUCACUGCCAACUCUCUGGUACCCGAUUCCGAAAGGUACCGAGCUGCCACCUGGAACAAAAAAAAAAACGCUGCGACACGUCUUUUCGUGUCGUCACCGGAACCCACAACUGCUUUUCGCACAGCGCAUCGUCGCACACCACGCAUGUUGUCGAGACCACAGCGCUCCUGCUUGUGCCAUGCAGACCAUAUUUCGCUUGCCUUGGAGCACCGAGCCAAGCAGCGAUGAGGCACUCGCAGACAAGAUGUACCUGCACAAGCCGCGCCCAAAGCAGCCGAGGGUUGACAUCAGCAUGCUGAACACCAACGCCUCCGGCACCGGUGCCACCGGCUCUGUCAAGCGCAAGCGAGUCGACGGUGGAGACGCGCAUCACCCGACUACGCCUAAGCACCAGCAUGCUCCGCCGCAAGUCAAGAAGCUGAAAAGCGAACGAGGCGACGGCGCUGUGCAGGCUCCUUCGGUCCUGCCAAAGGGUGUAGACGCGGUCGUGUCGUCGCACCCACCGACGCCUACGAUCUCCAUGGCUGACAUCAGGCCGUACUCGCCCAGCCCUGCUCCCGCUGCUGCCGCCGGUUUUGCGAAAGAGAAGGAGCUACCGGCCGGUGUAACUCCCGUGUCGUCAGUUGCGCCUUCCCUCGCACCCUCUGCCGCACCUUCCCCCGUCUCCUCCGCCCCUGCCGUCAACGAUGAUGUCAAGACUGAGCCCGCCGCAACUUCCGCCACGGACCCUUUCGCUGUCACGCAGAUGAAGGUAGACUUGGACUCCAACUUGGACAAGCUGCGCGCCAUUAUCGAGGCCCACAUCAACCUGGAGAUCCUCCACAAGCACAACGAGCUGCGCCUGAUAGAGCAGGAACUCGCAAAAUGUCAGAUCAGUCUCGAGCAGCUCCGCCGCUGCGAGCUUAUGCCCUAUCCGGGAUUCUCUGGUCCUUCGCAGACCGUCACUCAGGGCACUGGCAAGUCGCUCAAGGCUCCAGCCGGCUACACCGAACCGCAAUACCCAGCGCCUUGGGGCGUUACGGACGGACCGUAUGCGCGCCACUACGCGACAUGGCUGCUGCCUGACCCUGCCUUUGACCCGUGGCGCGUCCAUGGCGGCUCGCACGUUGGGACGCCAAUGACAACGCGCGGCAACCGCGCGAUGCAUCGUGGCAAUGCAUUUGAUUUCCACCUUCCCGUGCAGGCUGCGCGGACGUCACGCACCUCGACCGGCAAUCGACAAGAACACGGAAACUCGUCUGGCCGAGAUCCAAUGAUCAUGAAGCGUCAGGCCGACAACGAGUGGGUCCGUUUGCGCUGCAGCGUGUGUCAUCGCUCCAACUUCAACAACAUCCAAGGCUUCCUCAAUCACUGCCGUAUCGCUCAUCAUCAGGAUUACAAGAGCCAUGAAGCUGCGGCUAUCGCCUGUGGAGAGAUUGUGCAGGUCGAUGAGGCUACCAUGACUGCCACUGAGCCUGCGUCAAAGGACCAGCAUCCCCCUGCCCCAUCAAGAGUUAACUCGAUGCCCCUUCCCACCCCCGCGUCACGCGCAGAGCGCGUCGACUCGUUCCCCCUGAGCACGCCCGUCGAUCAGCCACACGUCAACCCGCUCGUCCUUCAGCAACCCUCAACCAAGAAUCCGAUCGAGCGCAUCAUCGACUUGUCUAGCACAGGCUCCCCCAAGCCCUCUGCGACACCCCGCCCUGCAAAGAACAGCCGCAAGGGCACGCUGGCUCCACACUUGAGCUCUCUCAUGCAACGCCGUGGCAUGUCUACCUCAGAUCUGCCGGCGUUCAUUGUUGAUGCCAAGAAGAAGGUCGACCUUUCCGUCUACGAUGUCUCGGAUUCUGAUCAUGACGUCGAAGUCAAAGCGCGCAAGCACAAGCAAAAGAAGCCUCCCAAAUCAACUUCGACAAGUCAUCAAAACCUACAGCGUUCGCAAUCCACACCGAACGUUUCAUCGUCUCGUCAACCAAGUGCGAAGAAAGCGGCUGGUCGUCAAAUGCCCACGUUCUCAGUUAACCCAACCCCGUCGCCGCAGCCACAUCCCAUCGUGCAUUCGCACCCGCCACCCAUUACGGGCGUAGGCUUUCACCCAUCUGUCUUCCAACAUGUCCCCGAGACGCCAUCAGAUGGCGAUGUCGAGAUGGAGCUCAGCCCUGGCACGGCACCUGGCUUGGUUAGCGAUCACGAAGAAGACGAGUUCGACGAGGAUGAAGCUGGUAGCGCGAACGGCAGCCACACUUCCGGAUUUAUGGGGCUGAACCUGGGGUUGGAGGACGUAGAAAUACGUGACGGGAGCGACGUGGAGCGCGAUGAGAGGAAGUCCAGGGAAACCUGUGGAGGUAAUGCCGCGUUGUUGGACUUCGUGGAGCGGUGAUUGUGCUGUUCCGACUUGGUACCCGGCCCGCGUUUCUCCCAAGUUUGUCCGGGGCGAUUACCGUUUGGAUUCUAUUCUUUUCUUUUUUUUCUCCUACUACCUGUGCUACUAAUCACCGCUUCUUUCUUACUUUGCUUGCCUUUACUUUCAAAGGAGCGUCGGAGAGGGUGGAGAGUGGACCGAAGGCAACAUGAAAAGUCUCCUGUAUCAUUCUUUAUUUUUGUUGUGCUUUCUGGGUUGGAUCUCUCGUGCUGGUGGAUGUGAGAUCCGGUGUAUACUCAUCAUCACUGUCUGAUUUUUAGCUCGGCGUUUGGGUGACAAAAGAAAAAGACGGGCCGGUUGGGUUGGGUUGGUGGCCUCCCCGGGUCCUAUGGGGUUGGUCGGUGGUCGGUUGGUGGUUUACUUUACCUGUGUUCGAUUACGGCCGUGUUUUUCUAAUUCCUUUUUCAUAUGCUGGCGGGCCAACCCGGACAUCUUCUAAGAGAAAGGGAGCCUCGUCUUCUGUUUUGUGUUUUUGAAAACUCCUCUCUCAAAAUUGAUCUCUUAACGAGGUCAAACAAUCACGGUGUCUCUCGAGUGACACACUCUGCAACGUGUGCGGCUUAGACUGGUCCAUGGUUGGGUGGAAAUUACUUUUACUACUCUACUAGUGCAAUACUUAUGCUGACCACACUUCUUCGAUUCUCAGAAGGCCUCUCUGAUUUUUUGCAUAUUCGACGGCGUUCGAUGUGCGAAGGGUGGUCUGUUGUAUAUUUAGAUGAAUCAAGACUUUUCGAAAAGACA